CGCCGCGGACCAGCCGCACGGUGGGUAACUGCGGGCCGGGGCAGUGCCCAGAUGUCAAAGGUCCCUGCCGUUAAGAGUCGACGGCAGACCACUACUUGCUUGUGGUUUGGGGGCGAGACUGGCGCUGGAUUUUGGAAUUCCACAUGAUGAGCGGAAUGCCGAGUCUUCUCAUCAGGACGGAUCAGACCGUGCGGGAAAGCGGGCUCCCGUAAUUCUGGGACUGCAUUUUGCAAGUUGUCUUCUCGAGCUUGGCGCCAAACCUCCGAUGGGUAGGGAGUUGGGGUCUGGGUCCAAAGCAGCGGGUGCAGGGCGGCUGCGGACAACCGCGCGCGCUCCUGGCCAUGUCGCCUUUCAUGCCCUGCCCCUGUGCAUGGCCUUCUGAGGGUGUCCAGGGCCGGCCCGGGGUGCUUCCCACCCGCGAGCUCUCUGCCACGCCCAGCUAACCCCAGCGGGCACGGCUCCCCGAAGCCGAGUCACCUUUUGACUCCCCGCUCCCUCGCUCCCGCCCCCGCCCCCACCCAGGGGUGGCCGUCAAGAGCCGGACCUCGCCCGGGGACCCCCGGCUAGGACCAUGGUGUUUCUCUCCGGAAAUGCCUCCGACAGCUCCAACUGCACGCACCCGCCGGCGCCGGUGAACAUUUCCAAGGCCAUUCUGCUGGGGGUGAUCUUGGGGAGCCUCAUCAUUUUCGGGGUACUGGGGAACAUCCUAGUGAUCCUCUCCGUGGCCUGCCACCGGCACCUGCACUCGGUCACCCACUACUACAUCGUGAACCUGGCGGUGGCCGACCUCCUGCUCACGUCCACGGUGCUGCCGUUCUCCGCGAUCUUCGAGAUCCUGGGCUACUGGGCCUUCGGCAGGGUCUUCUGCAGCGUGUGGGCGGCCGUGGACGUCCUGUGCUGCACCGCGUCCAUCCUGGGGCUCUGCAUCAUCUCCAUCGACCGCUACAUCGGCGUCAGCUACCCGCUGCGCUACCCCACCAUCGUCACGCAGAAGCGGGGCCUGGCGGCUCUGCUCUGCGCCUGGGCGCUCUCCCUGGUCAUCUCCGUGGGGCCGCUGUUCGGCUGGAGGCAGCCGGCCCCGGAGGACGAGACCAUCUGCCAGAUCACCGAGGAGCCGGGCUACGUGCUCUUCUCGGCGCUGGGCUCCUUCUACGUGCCGCUGGCCAUCAUCCUGGUCAUGUACUGCCGCGUCUACGUGGUGGCCAAGCGCGAGAGCCGCGGCCUCAAGUCCGGCCUCAAGACCGACAAGUCGGACUCGGAGCAGGUGACGCUCCGCAUCCAUCGGAAGAACGCCCCGGGCGGAGGCAGGGGGGUGCCCAGCGCCAGGAACAAGGCGCACUUCUCCGUGAGGCUCCUCAAGUUCUCCCGCGAGAAGAAGGCCGCCCAGACCCUGGGCAUCGUGGUGGGCUGCUUCGUGCUCUGCUGGCUGCCUUUCUUCCUAGUGAUGCCCAUUGGGUCUUUCUUCCCGGACUCCAAGCCCUCCGAAACAGUUUUUAAAAUAGCAUUUUGGCUCGGAUACCUAAAUAGCUGCAUCAACCCCAUUAUAUACCCAUGCUCCAGUCAAGAGUUUAAAAAGGCCUUUCAGAAUGUCCUGAGAAUCCAGUGUUUCCGCAGAAAGCAGUCUUCCAAACGGGUCCUGGGCUACACCCUGCACCCGCCCAGCCAUGGUCCGGAGGGGCAGCACAAGAACCUGGUGCGCAUCCCCGUGGGCUCAGGAGAGACCUUCUAUAAGAUCUCCAAGACCGACGGGGUCUGUGAAUGGAAGGUUUUGUCUUCCCUGCCUCGUGGAUCGGCCAGGAUUACAGUGCCCAAAGACCAGUCAGCCUGCACGACAGCCCGGGACUUUUAACUAGGAAACCACCUGCACACAGCUCUGGUCAAGCCGGUUGGAACACUGUUGGCAACUGCUCCCUGUCUACAAAGUGUGCCGCGGAGCAGGCCUGAGCCCAGGCCGCUGUGGGGUCCACCAUCUUCACAAAGCAAUGGCAGCAAUGGCCUCCUGGCCUCCAAAGUCUUUGCAAGGGGGUGACUAUUGUGGGGCUGGGCUGGCAAAAGCAAGUCAGGACUUCAGCAGAGGACACCCAGCCCCUGGCCAGUGCUCCCAUCAGCGUUACCUCAUUCAUGCUUCCCAGACCCAAAUGUCAUCGGGGCUGAGGACUGACCUUCUCUGCUCUGGGAAGGAAAAUGUUAUUUCUCCUUUCUCCUGCAGCAUAGAUUACUGAUUGUCCCUCCUAAAAGGAAGGUUAUGAACAGUUGGGGGGGCUGUUGAGGAGGAGAAAGAAGACUUACCGUAGACAUUGCUCAAGCAGGAUGGAUGGUUCAGGAAUACUUGCUGCAACUGAUAAGCAAGGAGCUGUCCUAAAGCUACGCUUGUUCAUUUUCAAAGACGAUGUACUUGUCUUUCCUUUUUGUGUGACUGGGGAGUUAUUACAUUAUUUUCCUGCUGUGUCAUAGUCAACAUUGCCACCUUAUCAGCUGGAAGUGAUUACUGCUAAACUAUGAAAAAUACAGACUUAAUUAGGUAAAAAAAAAAAACACACCUCUAAGAGCAAACUUAUACUGUAUCUAGAGAAAAAAAUAAUAAAGACGCUGACCUUUUAAAAAGCCUAAAUAAUAGUAGGUGCAUUCAGAUGCAAUAUUAAAUAAGUGAAGACAGAAAAUCCCAACAUGAGUUUAAUAUUUCCUCCCAUUUAUACAAUACUUCAUACCUUUUAUAGUACUUCUGCCUCUCUCAAGUCAUUCCUACGUAUUAUUCCGUCAUAGAGAUUAUCUGUACUUAGUAUAUGAAGAAAUGAGGGUGGGGGGUUAGGGAGAGGUUUAAGGAUUUCUUUGACUAGCCCCAAAUCUAGACUCUGACUCUUUUUCCGUGAGCCUCAAUAUCCCCAAGGUCCACUGAGUUUCUCGAGACCCCGACUUUCAUAUUUCACUAACGCGUCUCUGAUCCACAUUUUCAGCUCCAUUUGAACUUCUCUCCUGGUACAACUCAGCAGCUGGGCAGUACAAGAUUGUUCUAGGGGCUGAGUGCAUAUUUGUCGAUGCUCCUCUCAUUGGCUAAACGACAAGCUGAUGUAAUUCUUCUCUUUCUCCCUAGAUAGUCAGCAGCAGAGCUAAGGAAAUAAGGCAGAGAGCUCUUGUCUCGCUCAAAGGGGUGACACAUAAGGUAAAGCCAGCAGUGAUUGA